AUUCGUGCCCAUAUUGUGCUUCGUCUGUGCGUGUUGCUUUGUUGCGUUCGCAUUGUAAAUGGCUUUGUUUUAAAAGACAGCGCCUUUUCAUUGCCGGGUUGCAAUAGCUCUCAUGUGACGCCGCCUCGCCGUUCCCAGGGUUCAGUGGGUGCACAUUGCCCCACCCCGUCUCUUCACUGCAAUCUAUCCCAGUGUACAAACCCACGGAAAAACAAAAAUAAUACCCCCAAAGAAACAGCCUUUCUGUGCUGCUUGAAAAGAAACCACCACCGCCACCGCCAGCCGGCCAGCCAGACAUCUAUACUGCUUUUUAUAGAUAUCAAUAUACGCACCCAAUCUAUUAUAUUGAGAGAGAGCGACAUAUUUGCACAUGUAUGUUAUCAACCAUCAUCUAUCGAGGGAUUACAACACUGAACUGACAGGACGUUUUCACCUGCGAAAAAAGGGGGAAAAAACAAAAAACGGGAGUCUUCCCAUAAAAUCCUGGGAAAGGAACAAAGAGGAGGGAACGCGGAAAAUCGGAGACGUGAGGAAAUAAAACACAAAUAAAACACGAAAGAGAAAAAAAAAAACGAGAAAGAGAGAGAGAGAGAGACGAAGGGCCUUUUGUAUUUGGGAAACACAAGCAGACACGCAACACCGGGGAGGAGGAAGACUACACAAAAAAAAAAAUACAAAAAAAAAACAACACAAUUAUUUUGUGCGAGUGUGUCAGCGUACUGCAGCUGAGGAGACGCGUGAAGAGCCGUUGCGUUUUUACCGAAGAAAUAAACCUUUAAAAUGCUUCACAUGCCGUCGUUUUAGCGGAGGUUAUUUUUUUUAUUAAUUUAUUUUUGUUUUUUUUUCCUCUCUCCGUCUUUCCCUCCCGGUGGAAGAAGAUAAGAAGGAUAGAAAGAGACGAAUUCGCCGUUGCUAAGUGCGAUUUCUGUGAGGUGUUUUGUUAAAUUAAAAUAAACUACAAUUCUGAGAAAACAACGAAGGAUUUUUUUUUUUUUCGGAAGGAAUUUAAUUGGUCUUUAACAAGAGGACGUCGUGUGGGAUUUGAAAGACAAAACUGUGUUUUUUUUAAAUAAAUGUUUUGAAAACAAAUACAACAUGCAUAUCAUUUAAAAAAAUAAUAAUAAAACAAUAAUAAUAAUAAUAAUAAUAAUAAUAACAAACACCAAAUCUAAGUAGAAAUGUCCGUGUGAAGACUGGACUGCCCGGGCGGCGUCAUCGCAGUACAGCCUUCACUCCUUAAAAAAACACAUAUUACCAAAAAAAAAAAAAAAAAAAAAAGACAUUGACUGGAUUUAAAAAUAAAAUAGCAAUCCAACAAGUCCCGCUUUUUAUAUUGUGUGAUUAGUUGUAAAAGGAAGAGAUUUUGCGUGCGUUUCUCUCUCCGCCCCGCCACCCCUCCACGGUUGAAGAUGGGGUGUUUGGGGAACAGCAAGACGGAGGAUCAGCGAAACGAAGAUAAAGCGCAGAGGGAAGCCAACAAAAAGAUAGAAAAGCAGCUGCAGAAAGAUAAGCAGAUCUACCGGGCCACUCACAGACUGCUGCUUUUGGGAGCGGGCGAGUCUGGCAAGAGCACUAUAGUCAAACAGAUGAGGAUCCUGCACGUCAACGGCUUCAAUGCUGAAGAGAAAAAGCAGAAAAUUCAGGACAUUAAAAAUAAUAUUAAGGAAGCUAUAGAGACGAUAGUGGCAGCAAUGAGCACGUUGACACCACCUGUACAGUUAGCCAGUCCCGAGAACCAAUUUCGGAUCGAGUACAUCCUUAACCUAGUCAACCAGAAGGACUUUGAGUUCACUGCGGAGUUUUACGAACACACAAAGACCCUUUGGCAGGAUGAAGGAGUGAAAGCCUGCUACGAGAGGUCUAAUGAAUACCAGCUGAUCGACUGUGCACAGUAGUAA